AAACCAAACCUGUUAAAGUUUCAACUCGAUGGAUAUUACACUUUUUUGAGAAAACAGUUAAAAACAUGCACAUCACGAAACGUGAUUUCGUCUAUUACUAUUUAUUUCCAAAAAUCAGGCAAUAAUUGAUCGUGGGAAAUCACCUUUCUGGAUUUCUCCUACAUGACAGCAAACUAGACCGAAUCAUAACUUAUUCGUUAGAUUAUUUUGGACAUAAAAGUAACUCAUGUUUGCCUUCAAGUGUUGUGCGUAAUCUUGUGCGGAAAUAUCAUGCUGGGGGUUAGCUGAAAGAAACUACGGAAGAGACCUCUAUGCAUGACGUCAAGGGUGACAUCCAAUCACGAUCGUCUAUGCUGACCUCGUCUUUACGAUCGAUUGGAAUGAACUGACGCGUCACCCUUCCUCGACCAAUGAAAGUAUUCAUUCCAAGCACGUGAUCCGCAGCAAAAUAUCAUUAUUUGGUUCGCUUGCGAGCACUCAAGGGUUUUGUCAGAGAGAAAAGCGUGGGUAUAUGUGCAUACGAAUCUGUGAUAAGUUCGGGUACAAGAUACAACUUCGGAACAUGAUGAUAGAAAAUAACAGAAUUGGCCAAUCGUUAGCAAAACUCCAUCAGAUGAUCGGAGCAAGAACUGAAAAACAUCAAACAUCGACCGUUAACAAUGGCAAGCACUGAUGUCACCGUUUUGCCCCCUUCGUCUGGAAUCGAUGAAAUCAGAACAGACGGGGCCAUCUGGAGAGGAAUCGUCAACUUCUUCAUUACCCUCUUCGGUCUCUUCGGCAACUCCUUGAUCCUGCGGGUUUACUGGCGCAAAGCGCGCAAAAGGAGCACUGAGGUUCUCAUCAUGGGACUGGCGGGCGUAGACCUGACGGUGUGCCUGCUGCGUAUCCGUAAUGUGGUCGAGUUCACGUAUACGAUCGCCGGGGUCGAAGUUCCGUUUGUUGUCCGGAUUCUGGUGGCUCCCUGCAGAAUCGCGCUCGGUACGUCGGUCGUAAUGACGGGCGUCAUCGCCUUAGACCGUUACGAUAGCGUGUGUCGGUUCAGCAAGCGGUUCCUCAACAAACGGCGAGCCAAAAUAGCCAUAUUGGUGUCGAUUGUGAUCGCCGUCGUGCUGGAGUCACCUAGCAUUCUGAGCGGCGUCAUCUUGUCUCCCAACCUGAAGAAAUUCGCCUAUGUUUGUUACAUUACCGGCUAUUUGACGAUUCUGCUCAUGACAACCGUUUGCUAUGGUAAUGUGUACGCGGCCAUAAAGAGACAACGUAAAGUCCACAUUGGAUUAGAGAGAACGAGCAGUGAACCUCCAGCCAUUCCUACCAUCAGCCACAACAUUCCCACACUUCUGAGAAGGGCUAAAGUAAGCCGGAUGCGAGUAGAACCUCUUGAUAGUGGAUCGGAAUGUGGUCCAUCAACGUCGGCUUCAACAUCAAUGAUGCGCAGAUCGGAACCUCAACACCCAACUUCAUCAACCUCACGUACGUCAACAUCCAAAUACCUAAGGCCUUAUGAACAAUGCAACUCAUCCAAAGCGCGGAGUCGACAACCAACUGAAGAGUCGACUCAAAAUGGAAGGCCUUUCCUAAAGCCUUCACCGGUAAGUGAUGCCCGAGGGCAAAGCUGGGCCGUACAGACAAGCGUCCUAAAACGCAUCCGAUGGAGGGAGCCUCCGUCUGGUAACCAGCCUUCCAUGAGGGAAUUGAUGCAGCGGAGGGUGACCCGCAUGCUGUUCAUUACCAGCGUGGUGUUCUUGUUGACCUGGCUGCCCUUUUGGAUCUAUGUCGCUACGGAUCUGUUUGUGCUGAACGGUGGGACAGUUGACCAAGGUGUCCUCGCCAAGAUGUUUAGUUCCGCAAUCUUGUCGGCAGUCAACAGCACCGUGAACCCGCUUAUCUACGGACUCGCUAAUAGGCAAUUUCGUAAGGAUUGCGCAGUCCUUUUUCGAAAAUAA